AUGGCUGUGGACGGUAAUAGAGAUCCAAUAGUUUGCAUGCGGACAUCUCAAUAAUCAUCCCCCAUCUUCUCCUCUAAUAGCCUUUAUUUUGUCGGUAACUAGGCCUAUUAACUACAGGCUAUUCGGUGUGCAGGCUAAGUGAAACAACUGUACAGAAUAAGUUUUGCUUAAUUUGCAUGACCGGUUUCCCAUCUUAUUUGCUUAGGCUUUCAGCAUUCAGUUGGAAUUUUGCAGCCCAAAAAGAAACCGCUGAAAUGGACAGCGACUUUAGGGUGACAGAGUGACGAGUGACCACAUAGCCCAUUUCUUUAAAGUAGUAGCCUAUUUUGAUCACUUAUGACUCAGUCUUUCAGUGAAAUUGAAUUAGAUUGGGUAAAUUUCUUCAAACACUUCUAAGUAGCAUAAUUAAGUGCUAAGCUUAUUGGUGGAAAUACACUACAUGACCAAAAGUAUGUGGAAACCUGCUCGUCGAACAUCUAAUUCCAAAAUCAUGUGCAUUAAUAUGGAGUUGGUCCCCCCUUUGCUGCUAUAACAGCGUUGAUGUUUGGCGAUUAGGCCUGGCUCACGGUCGGCGUUCCAAUUCAUCCCAAAGGUAUUCGAUGGGGUUGAUGUCAGGGCUCUGUGCAGGCCAGUCAAGUUCUUCCACACCGAUCUCGACAAACCAUUUCUGUAUGUACCUCGCUUUGUGCAUUGGGGCAUUGUCAUGCUGAAACAGGAAAGGGCCUUCCCCAAACUGUUGCCACAACGUUGGAAGCACAGAAUCGUCUAGGAUGUCAUUGUAUGCUGUAGCGUUAAUAUUUCCCUUCAUUGGAACUAAGGGACCUAGCCCGAACCAUGAAAAACAGCCCCAGACCAUUAUUCCUCCUCCACCAAACUUUACAGUUGGCACUGGGGCAGGUAGCGUUCUCCUGGCAUCCGACAAAACCCAGAUUCGUCCAUCGGACUGCCAGAUGGUGAAGCGUGAUUCAUCACUCCAGAGAACGCGUUUCCACUUCUCCAGAGUCCAAUGGCAGCGAACUUUACACCACUCCAGCCGAUGCUUGGCAUUGCGCAUGGUGAUCUUAGGCUUGUAUGCGGCAGCUCAGCCAUGGAAACCCAUUUUUGUGCUGACGUUGCUUCCAGAGGCAGUUUGGAACUCGGUAGUGAGUGUUGCAACCGAGGACAGACAAAUUUUACUCGCUACGGCGGUCCUGUUCUGUGAGCUUGUGUGGCCUACCACUUCACGGCUGAGUCGUUGUUGCUCCUAGACGUUUCCACUUCACAUUAACAGCACUUACAGUUGACCAGGGCAGCUCUAGCAGGGCAGAAAGUUGACGAACUGACUUAUUGGAAAGGUGGCAUUGUAUGACGGUACCACGUUGAAUGUCACUGAGCUCUUCAGUAAGGCCAUUCUACUGCCACUGUUUGUCUAUGGAGAUUGCAUGGCAGUGUACUCGAUUUUAUACACCUGUCAGCAACGGGUGUGGCUGAAAUAGCCGAAUCCACCAACUUCAAGGGGUGUCCACAUACUUUUGUAUACAUAGUGUAAGUGUAGGCCUAUUAUUAAAGUGACUAGAAAGUGGCUUAUAAAGACAUAUACACAUAUGCCCCAUGCUGAAGAGGUUUGAUUUAAAAGGGUUGUGUUCAUUAUGACAAUGUUCUUCACCAGUGACAUUGGUAUGGCUUGGGUUGAUAACAAGAGCUGCCUUUGCAGAUCCCGGCUCUGUUGGGGGUCUGGGAUAAGGGAGAUGCUGAAUGAUGCAGAGGAGGGGCACAAGCAAGAGGACCAAAAACGCACCCUUUCAUCUCCUCUACUGUCUCUUAUUCUGGCCUCAUUUCUAUUAAACCUUCUGUGUCAAUUAGAGAAGAUACAUUUUAAUGAGCAUCACACACAUGCACGCACACAUGCACACACUCUGACAGAUACACCACACACACCCUGCUCAAAACAUCGCCUCCAACACAGCCAGAAAAGCAACCCAAUCUGGCACAGAAUCAGUAAUGACCUGUGGCUGGUUGCCAGGUUCUGUUUCAGUAAUGGUGUGCUUACUCUAGCUAGCACCUUUCCCCUUCAUUAUGGUACUGAAGAGACACCUGCUGCCUGCAGAGUGGGAUAGGGUGUGUGUCUGCUAGUAGUUUACCAUAAUGAUGAGCGAAUGGCACAUCUGUCGAAUAUACGUCCUAUAUGAUUUAUAUGCAGUAGUCAUAUGAAGUUGCCAUAAUUCCCUGGGAGCUAUCUGGGUAAAACAACAGCUUGUAACGACUCAGUUUACCGGCUCAGGUAUUAUAACACCUGCCUGGGCUGCCUGGGGAAAGAAACCUAGUAAUGAUGGUUGAGAUCAUCUCUCAAUGAGAAGGCACCCAUUUUAAAGUCCUUUGGCACACGCAGGGUUGGGUAGGUUACUUUCUAAAUGUGAUCCGUUACAGUUACUAGUUACCUGUCCAAAAUUGUAAUCAGUAAUGUAACUUUUGGAUUACUUACCCUCAAGAGGCCGUCACGCCCUGACUCUAGGGAUUUGUAUUGGUUGAGUCAGGGUGUGUAUUUUCUGUGUUGGGUUUGUCUAUGUUAGUUUCUAUAUCGUUUAGAUCUAUGUUGGCCAGGGUGGUUCCCAAUCAGAGGCAGCUGUAGCUCAUUGUCUCUGAUUGGGGACAAUACUUAGGUAGCCUGUUGGCACUAGUGGGGUGUGGGAUCUUGUUCCGUGUGAGGUAUGUUAUUUGUCUACCUUGGACUUCACGUUUCGUUUGUUGUUUUGUCGUGUGUUUAGUCGUCAAUAAACAUGAAUGCAUAUCACGCUGCGCCUUGGUCCGUCUCGUCCGUAAACGAUCGUGACAGAAGAUCCCACCAAUCCUGGAUCAAGCAGCGUGACGAGGAGAGAGGAUGGACUUGGGAGGAGAUGAGCGAGAGUCUGGCAAGAGGGAUGGAGGCCAUGAUCACGGGGGAGAGACAAGCCCAAACAUUUUUUAGGGGGGGGCUCAUGCCGUGGACGACGAGGCAGCAGGAGGCCGCGAUAGAGCGGUUCAGCCAUUUAGCAGAGGAGGCCGCCAGAUUAAGGGGGUCAUUGGUUCAGAGGGAACAGAAGGAAAGUGUAGAGGCACGGCGAGAGGAGCUGGUUAGGCAGCAGAAGGAGCGGGGGUUAAUGAAGGAACCCAGUCCCGCUCCUCGCACCAAUCAAGUGGUGCGUGUCGCCAGUCCGGUCCGGCCCGUUCCUGAUUCCCGCACUAAGCCAGUGGUGGGUGUUCCCAGUAUGGUUCGGCCCGUUCCUGCUCCUCGCAUCAAGCCAGUGGUGCACAUCGCCAGCCCGGUCCGGCCUGUUCCUGUCCCUCGCACCAAGCCAGUGGUGCGCGUCGCCAGCCCGGCCCGGCCUGUUCCUGCCCCGUGCACCAAGCCAGUGGUGCGCGUCGCCAGCCCGGCCUGUUCCUGCUCCCCGCACGAGGCCAGUGGUGCGCGUCGCCAGUCCGGUACGGCCCGUUCCUACUCCCCGCACCAAGCCAGUGGUGCGCGUCGUCAGCCCAGUCCGGCCUGCUCCCCGCACCAAGCCAGUGGUGCGCGUUGUCAGCCCGGCCCGUUCCUGCUCCCCGCACCAAGCCAGGGGUGCGCGUCGUCAGCCCAGUCCGGCCCGUUCCUGCUCCCCGCACCAAAUCAGUGGUGCGUGUGUCCAGUCCGGCACGGCCCGUGCCUGUUCCACCGGUGCCUGGUCCAGCUCCGGUCAGCGGCUCCACUCCGGAGCCAGAGCAAUCCGCUCCACCGGGGUCCAGUCCAGCUCCGGCCAGCGGCUCCACUCCGGAGCGCCCACCCGGCCCCUACCCUGUUAGGUUUAUGUGGCGCGGUCGGAGUCCGCACCUUUGGGGGGGGGGGGGGGGGUGGUACUGUCACGCCCUGACUCUAGGGACUUGUAUUGGUUGAGUCAGGGUGUGUAUUUUCUGUGUUGGGUUUGUCUAUGUUAGUUUCUAGAUCGCUUAGAUCUAUGUUGGCCAGGGUGGUUCCCAAUCAGAGGCAGCUGUAGCUCGUUGUCUCUGAUUGGGGACCAUACUUAGGUAGCCUGUUGGCACUAGUGGGGUGUGGGAUCUUGUUCCGUGUGAGGUAUGUUAUUUGUCUACCUUGGACUUCGUUUCGUUUGUUGUUUUGUCGUGUGUUUAGUCGUCAAUAAACAUGAAUGCAUUUCACGCUGCGCCUUGGUCCGUCUCGUCCGGAAACGAUCGUGACAGAGGCAUUCGAUUUUUGCUGGUAACGUAACUGAUUACAUAUUUUUUUAUUUUUUAUUAUGUAAUCAGUUACUCCCCAGCCCUAGGAUAUUUUUUCCAGAUCUCACAUGCCUUUUUAGUGCAAAUUACAGACAUUGAGGGUGUUUCAAAUGCCUGUGUGUAGGCUACUAGCACUGUUCACUGGAAUCAAUUAUCUCUCUUUUCUUAUCUUCUAGCAGCCUCCAGUUUCAGUUUCUGCCGGCCUGCUGUGGAGCAUAGGGCACUGCCUGAGGACUUCAAGCACUUGAGUCGACAGACGGGAGGGAACCUUACCUGGCAUGACGGGCGUGGUCAGAAAACAGCAGGGGGCCGGACAGUGAAGCUGCUCCAACAGCCUGGGACAGAGAGCUAUCAGGUAGAGUACCUCAACCACUCUGGAUCUAUGUGUGAAAUCAAAUCAACUCACAUUUGAUUGGUUGCAUCCACCCCAUCUCUAAUCGUUGUAGGCCUAUUCUAGAUGCACAUGCAAAUAAGAAAAGGAAAGAGCUUCAUAGGUUUUCAUUCAUCUCAGAUCAGUCUAAGAAAGCCUUUGUUUUCCACUAUUAAUUGAUGUGUAUGUAAGCUUCUCUCUAGCCCUCUGUAAUAUACCAACACAAAGGCUUCUCUCUUCUCAAAGAUCAAAUAUUUCAAAAAUAAUCUGACAAAUGCAAUGGACUAUCUGGUGACCAUCCAUUGUUCCAACAUGAGCAGCACUUUGUUUGUGGAGAAUGGAAGAUGCUGUUAACCCAGAGGGCUAUGAGGCACUCAGCUGGUCCAACGUUUUAGAAUGGAUUUAAAUAGAACUACUGGCCUUCCUAUGUGCAGAAGCACCAGCACUUGUCUUUGGACUGAGAGCGAAAAGGGGCAAUAUACCGUAUGACAUCUAAUGGCUGUAGUGAACCUUACAGUAUGUGCUCUUAAAUAUAUGUUUUAUAACAAAGCAUUUCUAUCUAUUUCAAUUAAUGGUAUCUGAUAUAAUAUGGUAUCCCCUUCAUGUGGUAUUACAGCACAAUUAACCUUUUGUGUUCUAAAUUUACUUUUAAAUCUCAAUUUCGACAUGCCUGGUUUUUGACCAAUUCAUGAAUAAUUCUCUGCUAUACAUUGGGGUUUCCGAGUCCCCUACAAAUUCUGGUUGAUGACAGAGACCGUUUUUCAGUCCCGUUGCAUGUAUGCAUGCAUAGGCUUCAUUCUUUGUGUCUUUCAAGAUCAAUGCAAUGUGUUACAGAAUCUUGUAUCAUGAAUGUCCGUGCUGAAAAAUGCAGGGAGAGAGCUUGUUUGUUUUUUUUGUUUGCUGGGGGGGUGUAAGCACUAGCAUGUUGAGUUCCAACCUUUUGAACUUUACGUGGGGCUGCCCUACUCUGGAGAAGAAGAGAAGGCAGGAGAGAACACUGCAUUCAUUGAUUUUAAAAGUGAAUGAAUGAUCAAGGGCUUCAUUUGAUUAGUCACCCACAUCCUGCUCAGAUUCCAAAGGAAGGAAUUUGGUAUUUGGAUAAGACUGACCCACAUGUUCCCUGGUCUUCGGGUUUCAGAUGUAUGUAUGCGUUUGAUCUGCAGGGGGACCCUUUUAUAUGAUAGUCCUCAUUAGUAAUGGGUUUAGUGUGUAUGUAUGCCAAAAUGAGAGCAAUGACACCCUGCUGCUUGGAGUGUGUGUGUGUGUCCAUGUGUGUGUCUGUGUGUACUCUUUUGUCAGAAGUGCAGUGGUUGCAGAGAUAAGGUAGUAUGUGACCAUAAAUAAAGGAAGGGAAAGUCACUCACAUCACUAUAUUCUUGGGAACUGCAUUGACAUGCAUCAUAUCUGUGUGGCUAACAUCAUGAAAGUGGUCCAUGGUGACCUACAGAAUUAACAUUAAGUAAGGAAGGAUCUCUGGGUGUCUGAACAGAUUCCUUGAUGGAUGUGCUUAUGUCUGACUGAAGUUGUGGAGUGGUCAUCCCUUGGGGUACUCAAGGUUAAAACACUGCACAUACUGUACAUAUAAGGGGUAGCGGGACUGAGAGAUAAUGCAAGCAGUAGAGGGCCAUUACGGAAAUAUGCUGAACUUUUCUCCUCUACUGUGUGCGUGCUCAUGUUUCAGCGUUGUUCAGGUGACUUCUAUGGAAUCUACCACACCAGCCCCACCCAGCCCAGUCUGAUCCGACCUGUGGUGUUAUGGACUCAACAGGACGUCUGCCGAUGGUUGAAGAAACACUGUCCUCACAACUACCUGACCUACGUCGAAGCCUUCUCUCAUCACGCCAUCACAGGUAUCAACCAGGACAAGUGCACUACCACGAAAAUCAUCAUUUACAAUCAUAAAAUGAGAGUGGAAUACAGUUGACGUGAGUGGCUGGCAGAGUAGUGUCAGUUGAAUCAAUAUGCUUGUUGUGAUACUCUUUACCCUUCACGCCAUCACAGGUAUCAACUAGUACACAUGUACUAGCACAAAAAACAUAAUUCAUAAUAAUGGAAUGUGAGUAGAAUACACAAUACAGUGGGUGUGGAUGAGUAGUAACAGUUGAAUUGCUAAGCUUUUAAUGGCAGCCUCCUCUCUCUGUUCCAUGUCAGGCCGUGCUCUGUUUCGUCUGAAUGGAGAGAAGUUGGAGAGGAUGGGCUUGGUGCAGGAGACACUGAGGCAGGAGCUCCUACAUCAGGUGCUUCAACUGCAGGUGCAAGAGGAGGAACGUAACCUGCAGCUCCUUAGCAGAGGUGAACACUGAGUUUUAUUUUUGUGAGUGUGUGUAAAAUGACUGGUAACGUUUGGAUGCAAUUCUAUCGGUUACUGUUUUUUCCUCUCCUUUUUUAUUUUCCUAGGUGGCUCUUUUGGGAAUCUGUCAUAACAUGGAGAUUACUUUCCUAACUGGACUGUUUACAGUGAACACUGAAAAAACAUAUAGAGCACUUCAACUGUGUGCAUGCAGGGAGACUACUGUACAACGGUCAGAAAUCAGGACUGCAAUAUGAACCACAUGGAUGUCACACCCUGGCUCUGGGACUCUAUUUGUUGAGCCAGGGUGUGUUCAUUCUAUGUGUUUAUUUUCUAUGUUGGGGGUUCUAGUUCGUCAUUUUCUAUGUUUGACUGAGUGACUCCCAAUCAGAGGCAACGAGUGUCAGCUGUUUGCUGGUUGUCUCUGAUUGGGAGCCAUAUUUAACUGUCUGUGUUUCACUUGGUGUUUGUGGGUUUUUGUUCCUUGUCGGUCUUUGUCACCGUGGACUUCACGAGUCGUUUAUUGUUUUGGUUUUGUGCUUUAAUAUAAUAAAGUAUCAUGUUCGCUCAACACGCUGCGCAUUGGUCUACUUCGCUUCAAGACGAUCGUGACAGAAAAACCCACCAUACCAGGACCAAGCAGCGUGUCCAGGAGCAGGCAGCCUGGUCAUGGGAGGAGAUAUUAGACGGGAAAGGGUCCUGGACCUGGGAGGAGAUCCUGGCCGGGAUGGAUCGCCGGCCAUGGAGUGAGACGGUGGAGAGGCGACGGAGAGAGGAGCAGCGGCGUCAGCAGGGUCAACGUCGGACAGGCGAGAGGCAACCCCAAAAAAAAUUUAGGGGGGGGCACACGGCAGGGACGACGAGGGAGCAGGAGGUAGUGUUGCAGAGGAUGGAGCAUUUGGAGGCGAUAAGGGAAAGGGUGAGAAAUGAGGCACGGCGAGAGGAACUCGGUAGGCAGCUGAGGGAGCGGGGGGUUAUGACGAAACCCAGUCCCGCUUCUCACACCAAGCAAGUGGUGUGCGUCACCAGUCCGGUCCGGCCCGUUCCUGCUUCCCGCACUAAGUGUAAGGUGCACGCCGCCAGCCCAGCCCGGCAUGUUCCUGCCCCUCGCACCAAGCCUACGGUGUGCGUCGCCAGCCCAGCCCGGCCUGUCCCUGCUCCACGCACCAAGCCUACGGUGUGCGUCGCCAGCCCAGUCCGGCCAGUUGCUGCUCCACGCACCAAGCCUACGGUGUGCGUCGCCAGCCCAGCCCGGCCUGUCCCUGCUCCACGCACCAAGCCUACGGUGUGCGUCGCCAGCCCAGCCCGGCCUGUUCCUGCUCCACGCACCAAGCCUACGGUGUGCGUCGCCAGCCCAGUCCGGCCAGUUGCUGCUCCACGCACCAAGCCUACGGUGUGCGUCGCCAGCCCAGUCCGGCCAGUUGCUGCUCCACACACCAAGCCUACGGUGUGCGUCGCCAGCCCAGCCCGGCCUGUCCCUGCUCCACGCACCAAGCCUACGGUGUGCGUCGCCAGCCCAGUCCGGCCAGUUGCUGCUCCACGCACCAAGCCCACGGUGUGCGUCGCCAGCCCAGCCCGGCCUGUCCCUGCUCCACGCACCAAGCCUACGGGGUGCGUCGCCAGCCCGGCCCGGCCUGUCCCUGCUCCACGCACCAAGCCUACGGUGUGCGUCGCCAGCCCAGUCCGGCCUGUUCCUGCUCCACGCACCGAGCCUACGGUGUGCGUCGCCAGCCCAGCCCGGCCUGUCCCUGCUCCACGCACCAAGCCUACGGGGUGCGUCGCCAGCCCGGCCCGGCCUGUCCCUGCUCCACGCACCAAGUCUACGGUGCGCGUCACCAGCCCGGUCCGGCCUGUUCCUGCCACUCGCACCAAGUCUACGGUGCGCGUCGCCAGCCCGGCCCGGCCCGUUCCUGCCACUCGCACCAAGCCAGGGGUGCGAGUCGUCAGUCCGGCACAACCCGUGCCUGGGUCAUCGGUGCCAAUUCAGGUACCGCUCAACUGCUCCACUAAGGAGCUGAAGCCUACCGCUCCUGCUACGUCCAGUCCAGCUCCAGCCAGCGGGGCCAGACCGGACCAGGGGCGCUAUGGGGGGUUUGUUGGAGGGUGGUGGGCAAGCCCGGAGCCAGAACCGCCGCCGAGGAGGAAUGCCCACCCAGCCCUCUCCUGUUUUGCUCGUAUUUAGGCGCGGUCGCAGUCCGCGCCUUUAGGGGGGGGUACUGUCACACCCUGGCUCUGGGACUCUAUUUGUUGAGCCAGGGUGUGUUCAUUCUAUGUGUUUAUUUUCUAUGUUGGGGGUUCUAGUUCGUCAUUUUCUAUGUUUGACUGAGUGACUCCCAAUCAGAGGCAACGAGUGUCAGCUGUUUGCUGGUUGUCUCUGAUUGGGAGCCAUAUUUAACUGUCUGUGUUUCACUUGGUGUUUGUGGGUUUUUGUUCCUUGUCGGUCUUUGUCACCGUGGACUUCACGAGUCGUUUAUUGUUUUGGUUUUGUGCUUUAAUAUAAUAAAGUAUCAUGUUCGCUCAACACGCUGCGCAUUGGUCUACUUCGCUUCAAGACGAUCGUGACAAUGGAAACCAUGAACUUUAACAAGGACACAUGGGAUGAUCACAUGCAGCAUCAAACGCAGACAGAAAAGGAAGGGGAGUACAGGACAAUCAAUAGAGCACAGCCCCAAGUUUAGAAAGUUGGGUAUCUGUUUUCCAUCAACCAAAGGGACAGACUAUUUCAGUUCCAUCUGUUUGGACUGAAAUCAAAGAUCAUGAUUAUAGACUCUGUCAGGAUUGGUUGUUGGUGGUUGUCUUGUAGCCCAUUUUUAUGUUAUUCUAUGUUUUAUCCUAACAGUUGCAAGGUUGU